AUGUCGACAUUCGAGCUGGCGCGUAGUGUUCGUCAUCUCAUUGUGCAACCGGCGGACCUGCGCUUCGACCCCCCCGAGAGUUAUCUGUUCGUGCAAGAUGGGUUGAUCAUUUCCUGCGGCGUGCUGUAUGCACUGUGCUAUUUCUUCUGUAUGAUUCGGACAUAUCGCGACAAGACCUAUCCGGGUUCCAGUGUUGGGGGAAUCCAGUUCCUCUGCCUAACAAUGGCAUAUGAGUUCUUCUAUGCGUUCACCACGACCUCGACAUCUUUAGAAAAGGUGGCGUUCUUGAUCUGGUUUGAAAUGGACGUCGCCUUCGCCACCAUCGCUAUCCGACAUGCACAUACGUCUCAUCAACGGUGGUCGCUGGCGCGCAACAUGGUCUUUGGCUGUGCCAUUGCAGUUCUAGGAUUGAAAAUGCUGGCUGGACUGUACCCCGACGAACGCGAACAGGUCACGGCGUACUGGACGGGGAUCUUGCUUCAGUUUCCGAUCGGGUGGACGUGCGUGUAUUCUCUCUGGAAGAACCGCGACACGCGAGGACAUUCUUUGGAAAUGUGGAUAACUCGGUACCUGGGAUGCUUCACUGCAUAUGGGGUCUUUAUUUGGCGUUACUUGAACGUACCACAGAACUGGGGAUAUGUGGCGUCACCGUGGAGCGUGGGGAUUAUUGUCCUGACGCUCCUUCCGGAGACUCUCUACCCAUUCUUAUACUUUAGCGCAUACAAAACACAGAAAGCCAAAGGCGAAUGA